AUGUAUUUCAUACGAUCGGCUUUGUUGAAAAGGUAUUUUUACGUGGGUAGGAGAGUAUACGCUACGAAAUAUUUGGAUAAUAGAUUUCCGAAUAUUCGAACUACGAGUGUAUCAGCUAGGAAGAUUGCGGAGAAUUUGCUGCAGGAUAUUCCAGAGAUUGAUGCGAGGAAUUUGUUCAAAGCUGUUAAGAAAUGGUUGAUCCUGAACGAUAGGCAUGAUGAAGUUGUUAAACCUAAAACAACUGAAACUGCUUUACCCGUGCCUUAUUCAACUUCUUCGGAUGGUGGUGAACAAAAGGGUGGAUCUUUAAGACCGGUAAGAGGGGAGCCAGGAAAGGUGCAUUUAGGUAUGAUUCCGGUGGAAUGGGUUCAAUACUUCUACGGCACCACCGGCGUUACCGGCUUCUACACGUUUUGUUUUACCUACGGAACCUACUUGAUCAGCAAAGAGAAGCUGGUGAUGGAGCAUGAAUACUAUACAGCUCUAGCGACUGUGGUGUUCUGGGUACUUGCUGCGAAGUUCGUGGGACCGUCAUUGGGUAAAUCUCUCGAUAAGGAAGUGGAUAAAUAUGAAAGCGAUAUGAACCACAAUCGAACCAUGGAAGUAAAAUUUGCCAAUGAAUCAAUAGCUAUGGAGGAAAAGAAUCAGCUUAGUAUGGAAGGACAUUUGAUGCUUAUGGAUGCGAAACGAGAGAAUGUAGCCUUGCAAUUAGAACUUGCGUUUCGUCAACGGCAAAUGAUGGUAUACCGAGAAACGCUCAGGAGGCUCGAGUUUCAAGUAGUCAAACAGUAUAUCGAAAGACGCAUUGCACAUCACAAUAUUAUGGAAUGGGUCGUUAGGGAAGUUAAAAAGUCUAUAACACCGGAUUAUGAUAAGAUCUACCAGAACGAAUGCAUUGAUAAUUUAACCAAAUUAGCUGAGAAAAAUAAGCGCUGAUUUCGCAUCCGAAGAAAACAUAUUUAAA